CAGAAGACGCGUUUGUGUGUUAGUGUUGGUUUGUAGAAAAAAAAGAUCCGGAAAAAUGAUUCACAAGAAAAAUCUCCUGCUGCUGUACGAUCGCCCUCGGGAGCCCAUCUUCAUGAGUAAGGGAAAAGCGAUCUUCGAUGUGCCGGAUAACUAUCUGACCGAUCGGUAUCGGCCCAUCGGACCGGAAAUCCAGAACCGAUUCGGAGACCAGGCGGAAGAACGAAUUCCGGUGCGAAGCAUUGCCCUGCCCGAUCUGCGCAUUCCGAUGUCACUCGGCCGUCAGGAGCAAUUUUCGCUGUUUAUUCCGCGCCACCGGAAGAUUGCGGCACGGUUGAUUGAUAUUUUUAUGGGAAUGCGCAACAUCGAGGAUCUGCAGAGCUGUGCCGUGUUCGCCCGGGAUCGGAUCAACCCGUACCUGUUCAACUAUGCAUUGUCGGUGGCUUUGCUGCAUCGUCGCGAUACCAAAGAUCUCGAUCUGCCGUCGAUCGUGGAGGUCUUUCCGGACAAGUACAUCGAUUCGAAGGUUUUCGAACAAGUUCGCGAAGAAGCUACCGUUGUGCCGGAGGGAAUGCGAAUGCCGAUCGUUAUUCCGAAAGACUUUACGGCAUCCGAUCUGGACGACGAGCACCGGUUGUGGUACUUCCGGGAGGAUAUCGGUGUCAACCUGCACCACUGGCACUGGCAUCUGGUUUAUCCGUUCGAUGCUUCCAAUCGGGCCAUCGUGGACAAGGAUCGCCGAGGAGAGCUGUUUUACUACAUGCAUUCGCAGCUGGUCGCUCGGUAUAACUUCGAGCGGUUCUGCAAUCGUCUGCAGCGCGUUAAGCGAUUGAACAAUCUUCGUGAACCGAUUGCUGAGGGUUACUUUCCGAAGCUAGAUUCGUUGGUGGCAAGUCGUACCUGGCCAGGACGCGUUGACAAUGCGGUUAUCAAGGACCUAAACCGUGAGGUGGAUCAAAUCAAGCAGGACGUUGCGGACGUUGAACGGUGGAUCGAUCGCAUCUACGAAGCCAUCCAUCAAGGCUACGUCGUGGACGAAUCUGGCAAUCGCAUCUCGCUGGACGAAGAAAAGGGUAUCGACAUUUUGGGUAACAUAGUGGAAUCGUCGAUUCUAUCACCGAAUCGACAACUGUACGGCGACAUGCACAAUGCCGGCCACGUAUUUCUGUCCUACACGCACGAUCCGGACCACCGGCAUCUGGAGUCGUUCGGCGUGAUGGGCGAUGUAGCCACGGCGAUGCGCGACCCGGUGUUCUACCGGUGGCAUUCGUUCAUUGACGACAUGUUCCAGGAGCACAAGAUCAAGCUUACCCCGUACACGAAACGACAGCUCGAGUUCGAGGGAAUUUCUAUCACGGGAAUCACGGUCCAAUCGGAGGGUGCUCCGGCCAACACGUUGCAUACCUUCUGGCAGCAGUCGGAUGUGGAUCUGUCCCGCGGAAUGGAUUUCGUACCGCGUGGCAACGUGUUCGCAAGAUUUACGCAUCUCCAGCAUGCCCCCUUCAUAUACAAUAUGCAGAUCGAAAACGACUCCGACGCUCAGCGGAUGGGCUUCGUGCGAAUCUUUAUGGCACCGCGGAACGACGAACGUGGCCAACCGAUGCCGUUCCGAGAUCAGCGCCUGUUCAUGGUCGAAAUGGAUAAAUUCCUGGUGGCACUUCGCCCGGGUCCGAACCGAAUCCGACGACGAUCGCACGAAUCCACGGUCACCAUUCCGUUCGAGCGAACGUUCCGCAAUCUGGACACCAACCGGCCGGAAACGGGCACUCCCGAGGAGGAGGUGUUCAAUUUCUGCGGUUGCGGAUGGCCGGCACACAUGCUAGUUCCGAAAGGAUUGCCGGAAGGUUUUCCGGCCGAUCUGUUCAUCAUGGUGUCCAAUUACGAGGAGGACCGUGUCGUGCAGGAUCUGGUCGGUACGUGCAACGAUGCGGCAUCGUUCUGCGGUGUUCGCGAUCGGCUCUACCCGGACCGGAAGGCGAUGGGCUAUCCGUUCGAUCGGUUGGCCCGCACCGGCGUCGAUCGGUUGGCUAACUUCCUGACGCCGAAUAUGGUAGUUCAGUCGGUUGACAUCAUCCACAUCGACAAGACGGUAUCGAGAUCGUAGGCCUAACGUUCCUAGUCAGUCCGGUACACAAUGAAUUGAAUCAUGGUAAUGAUGAAUAAUUUUUCUCGACAAUAAAUUCAAUUUGAUUUCCUGAUUAUAAAUGUGUAUUUUUUCUAGAAUAUUUCAAUUUGCAUGCUUCUAAAAAAAUAAAACCUUUUUCUUAGCAUCUUGCUUACAGUGUUCAUAAAGCUACAUGCCAGAAGAUAAAAGACAGAAAAUAACCAAAUUUCGUUAAAAGAAUUAAAUACUUCACUUAAAUUCACUAGAGAUAACAAGCUCACUAAAAGGUAACACUGAAAGAGUCGAAAUGCCUAUGUAAUUACUGUACUCUAAGAAAAAAUAUCAAUAAAAAUCAUUUCUAAUGAAAA